CUUCCGCUUUUAUACGAAAUCCAAGUUCGUUCUUCCUCGGUUCCCGUCAUCCAAAAUCACUGCCCGCUUCUCCUCUCCGGGUCGUUGAUGGUUCUGAAUUGAUCCAAAAGGAAGUAAAAAUUCGAAAACUUCGAGGGAAGCCGGGAUUCUUCGAUCGAAGGGGAAGGCGGGCGGAUUAGGAUUUUCUUACUCUGUAAUUGUAUAAAUAUCUAGAAUUUAUUUGGGAAAUUUUUAGAUUAAGGGCUAGUUAUCAGGUUUCAUUAGUAGUAUUCACGGAAUUUGUGAUAAUCGGGUCGAAGGGAUUUUAAUUUUCUGGGAUUUGUUCGAUGGGUUUUUUGGUGGAUACGCAAAAGGAAGGCGGAGGCCAUUCAUGGGGUUGCGUGAGGAGCUUGGUUAGAAGGAAACAGGUCGACUCUGCUCAUGCUAAAUCUGAGGGUCAUCAUCAGUUGGCUAAGGCUUUGACAGUUCCUCACUUGAUAGCCAUAGGUGUUGGAGCAACAAUAGGAGCCGGAGUUUAUAUUCUUGUUGGAACAGUUGCAAGAGAGCAUUCAGGACCUGCUCUCACAUUUUCGUUUCUUAUAGCUGGAAUUGCCGCUGCCCUCUCCGCCUUUUGCUAUGCCGAACUCUCUAGUCGUUGUCCCUCGGCAGGGAGUGCUUAUCACUACUCUUACAUUUGCGUCGGUGAAGGUGUCGCCUGGUUGAUUGGUUGGGCGCUGAUUCUGGAAUACACAAUCGGUGGUUCUGCUGUUGCCCGUGGCAUAUCCCCAAAUCUGGCAUUGUUUUUCGGUGAAAAUGGCCUGCCUUCAUUUCUAGCACGCCAGCAAAUUCCUGGUCUGGACGUUGUUGUUGAUCCAUGUGCCGCCGUCCUAGUCUUCAUUGUCACCGGGCUCCUGUGCCUCGGAAUUAAGGAGAGCACAUUUGCUCAAGGAAUUGUAACAAUAGCCAAUGUGUGUGUCAUGCUAUUUGUCAUAGUAGCUGGCUGUUAUCUGGGUUUCACGACCGGUUGGGUUGGUUAUGAACUUCCGACAGGGUACUUCCCAUUCGGUGUGGAUGGGAUGCUUGCUGGAUCUGCUACCGUCUUCUUUGCCUACAUUGGGUUCGAUUCAGUUGCCAGCACUGCUGAGGAGGUGAAAAAUCCACAACGGGAUUUACCUCUAGGGAUUGGUCUUGCACUCUUCCUUUGCUGCUCUCUCUACAUGAUGGUCUCAGUUGUUGUUGUUGGUUUAGUGCCUUAUUACGCGAUGGAUCCCGACACUCCGAUAUCUUCUGCAUUUUCUAGUCAUGGAAUGCAGUGGGCUGCAUUUGUGAUAACUGCUGGAGCUGUCAUGGCUCUUUGCUCGACAUUGAUGGGUUCAAUGCUUCCUCAGCCGCGAAUUCUGAUGGCAAUGGCUCGGGACGGUCUGCUGCCUCCGUUUUUCUCGGAAGUUAACAAACGCACUCAAGUUCCUGUUAAAGGGACGGUGGCAACUGGCUUUUGUGCAGCAGCAUUGGCAUUCUUCAUGGAUGUUUCACAGUUGGCUGGAAUGGUGAGUGUCGGUACACUUCUGGCAUUCACCAUGGUGGCGAUAUCGGUGUUGAUACUCAGAUAUGUGCCUCCAGAUGAGGUACCUCUCCCCUCGUCGCUUCAGGAGAGGAUCGAGUCUGUUUCCUUUAGUUACAGUGGGGAGGAUUCAUCAUCCGCCAGCGUUGGCACUUCCCGUAGCGGCAAACAGCCUUUACUUGGCAAACCCGAUGCUUUGGCUGAUUAUCCCGUGAUCGAGAAACAAGAAGUUCUUGGGUGUUGGGCUCUUAGCGAAGAAAACCGAAGGAAAGUCGCUGGAUGGAGCAUUAUGUUCACUGUUAUAGGGGCCUUCCUUCUAAGUUAUGCAGCUUCGAGUUUGAGUUUCCCCGGGCUUCUCCGAUAUUCUAUGUCUGCUGUUGGUGGGAUUCUUCUUCUGGCUGGUUUGAUUGUGCUGACCUCGAUAGAUCAGGAUGAUGCUAGGCACAGUUUCGGGCAUUCUGGAGGUUUUAUUUGCCCGUUUGUUCCGCUCCUGCCUAUCAUCUGCAUUCUCAUCAACGCGUACCUUUUGAUUAACCUCGGAGGAGGGACAUGGGCUCGUGUCUCGGUUUGGUUGCUGAUUGGAGUUCUCGUCUACGCUCUCUACGGCCGAAAACACAGCUCCUUGGCCGAUGCGGUUUACGUUCCGACAGCUCAUGCCGAGGAAAUAUACCGUUGUGGGACGGGCGAUACUUUGGCCUGAAAAGUUUGAUUAUGAAGAUUCAAGAAUCAAGAUUCGUAUCUCUUUGGUUGUAAUGUGUAAUAUCAUAUAAUAUGUAAUAUUGAAUUUGUUUGGUCCAUGGAAGAAAUAUAUGGUAUAAUCUAUGAUAUGAUAUGUAGUAAAAAGCUCGUUGCUUUUUGUGGCUUAGAGUUCAGGAGAUUCCUCCAAAACGCUUUGUAAAUAUAUAUAUAAAUUUGCCUACUUCGUUACCGUGAAGAUU